AUGGUAAAUUUUGCUCGUGGUGCGAUGGCUCGCCAGUUUGGCCGGCCUAUGGCCCGGAUGUACAGCGAAGUUGCCAAAGACGCCACCAAGGACUUGCGGCAGAAACGCGAGGAGCAUCUUGAGCAGCUGAAAAAGUACUACCCACCGUCGCUGAUCAAGUCUAUCCUGGCCGCAGAGGCAGCGGUCACUCCUGAGAUGUGGGCUAAUCGCAAAGCUCCUGCGCGUGCUUUUGCUCCAAACUACGCCGACGACUACGCGGAGUACGAUCCUCUCUACGACCACGCCCGGGGAGAGUGGGUGGACAAAACAAAGCCCAGACAGCCUAUCCCGCAGAGGGUGCUUCCAGGCAGUCAAGUCCCCCCAGACAUCAUGUCUUCUCGGGCGCCCUCGGCUACAAACCUCACACAACUCGAGCAGCUGACCGGUCUUAAAGCCGAGUACCUGCGAAAGCUAGUGUGCAAGCCGCUCAUUCGCAAGCGGGUUGUCAACAUGACUCGUCUCGGUAAACGCCCCAGCUACUACGCGUUGGCAGUUGUAGGCGAUAUGAAUGGCCACGUGGGUAUUGGCGAGGGCCGCGACUCCAAGCUGGCUACCAAAGCGGUCGCUCAUGCCCACUGGGAGGCGGUGAAAAAUCUCAGAUACAUCCCCCGGUUCGAGGACCGCACAAUCUAUGGUGACAUUACACACAAACGCGGUGCGGUAGUGAUCAAUCUGCGGUCGUCUGCUCCCGGCUCAGGCCUUCGCGUCAACCACAUUAUUUACGAGAUCUGCAAGGUCGCCGGCAUCAAGGACCUGGUCGGCAACGUCUACCGGUCGCGAAACCCCAUGAACGUGGCCAAGACUGCCCUCGAGGCUCUGUCGACCAAGCAGGUUUUGAUUGACGAAAUCGCAGCCGAUCGCGGCAAGCGGGUGGUCGAUGUGACAAACACCUACUUGAACUUUUAA